ACCGCAGUCAGUAGCCAGCCUGUGUGUACAGCAGCGCAGUAAGACCACUUUAUCAUACGGAGGACUUCAGACAGGCUCCCGGUAAUAACGUUGUUACAGCGGUGACUUUUCCUUGUGGCCGUGAAGAACGUGUAAAAAGGCAGCCGGUUUUCACAAUGGCGACAGCUGCGGUUUCUGCCAGUGGCCCCAAUCCCGGAACCGGAGCUGAGUUGGUCCGAGGACAGGCCUUCGAUGUCGGGCCCCGGUACCACAAUCUGUCGUAUAUCGGUGAGGGCGCCUACGGAACGGUGUGCUCUGCGUAUUGCCGUGACAACAAGGUCCGCGUGGCGAUAAAGAAGAUCAGUCCGUUUGAACACCAGACAUACUGCCAGAGGACUCUGAGAGAGAUUAAGAUCCUGCUGCGCUUCAAACAUGAGAACAUCAUCAGCAUCAACGACAUCAUCCUCACGCCCUCCAUCGAUCAGAUGAAAGACGUCUACAUCGUGCAGGACCUGAUGGAGACAGACCUGUAUAAGCUGUUGAAGACCCAGCGCCUGAGCAACGAUCACAUCUGUUACUUCCUGUACCAGAUCCUGAGAGGCCUGAAGUACAUCCACUCAGCUAACGUCCUGCACCGUGAUCUCAAACCCUCCAACCUGCUGCUCAAUACCACCUGUGAUCUAAAGAUCUGUGACUUCGGUCUGGCGCGUGUGGCUGACCCAGACCACGACCACACAGGCUUCCUGACGGAGUAUGUAGCUACUCGCUGGUACCGGGCGCCUGAAAUCAUGCUCAACUCCAAGGGUUACACCAAGUCGAUUGAUAUCUGGUCUGUGGGCUGCAUCCUGGCUGAGAUGCUCUCCAAUAGACCCAUCUUCCCCGGGAAGCACUACCUGGACCAGCUCAACCACAUACUGGGUAUCCUAGGGUCUCCUUCCCAGGAGGAUCUGAACUGCAUCAUUAACAUCAAGGCCAGGAACUACCUGCUGUCUCUCCCGCUGCGCUGCAAGGUCCCCUGGAACAGCCUCUUCCCCAAAGCCGACUCCAAAGCUCUGGACCUGCUGGAUAAGAUGUUGACCUUUAACCCCCACAAGAGGAUCGAGGUGGAGGCGGCUCUGGCUCACCCUUACCUGGAGCAGUACUACGACCCUACAGAUGAGCCUGUAACAGAGACUCCCUUCAAGUUUGCGAUGGAGCUUGAUGAUCUCCCCAAAGAGACCCUGAAGGAGCUGAUCUUUGAAGAGACGGCUCGCUUCAACACAGUCUGCAGGCCCUAACCCAUACACACAGGUACAGACAGCUUCAACACAGUCUACAGGCCCUAACCCAUACAGACAGCUUCAACACAGUCUACAGGCCCUAACCCAUACACACAGGUACAGACAGCUUCAACACAGUCUACAGGCCCUAACCCAUACAGACAGGUACAGACAGCUUCAACACAGUCUACAGGCCCUAACCCAUACACACAGGUACAGACAGCUUCAACACAGUCUCCAGGCCCUAACCCAUACAGACAGGUACAGACAGCUUCAACACAGUCUACAGGCCCUAACCCAUACAGACAGCUUCAACACAGUCUCCAGGCCCUAACCCAUACAGACAGGUACAGACAGCUUCAACACAGUCUACAGGCCCUAACCCAUACAGACAGCUUCAACACAGUCUGCAGGCCCUAACCCGUACAGACAGGUACAGACAGCUUCAACACAGUCUGCAGGCCCUAACCCAUACACACAGGUACAGACAGCUUCAACACAGUCUACAGGCCCUAACCCAUACAGACAGGUACAGACAGCUUCAACACAGUCUACAGGCCCUAACCCAUACAGACAGGUACAGACAGCUUCAACACAGUCUACAGGCCCUAACCCGUACAGACAGGUACAGACAGCUUCAACACAGUCUACAGGCCCUAACCCGUACAGACAGCUUCAACACAGUCUACAGGCCCUAACCCAUACAGACAGCUUCAACACAGUCUCCAGGCCCUACCCAUACAGACAGCUUCAACACAGUCUGCAGGCCCUAACCCAUACAGACAGCUUCAACACAGUCUCCAGGCCCUAACCCGUACAGACAGCUUCAACACAGUCUACAGGCCCUAACCCGUACAGACAGCUUCAACACAGUCUACAGGCCCUAACCCGUACACACAGGUACAGACAGCUUCAACACAGUCUGCAGGCCCUAACCCGUACAGACAGGUACAGACAGCUUCAACACAGUCUGCAGGCCCUAACCCAUACACACAGGUACAGACAGCUUCAACACAGUCUACAGGCCCUAACCCGUACAGACAGCUUCAACACAGUCUGCAGGCCCUAACCCAUACACACAGGUACAGACAGCUUCAACACAGUCUACAGGCCCUAACCCGUACAGACAGGUACAGACAGCUUCAACACAGUCUACAGGCCCUAACCCAUACACACAGGUACAGACAGCUUCAACACAGUCUGCAGGCCCUAACCCAUACAGACAGGUACAGACAGCUUCAACACAGUCUACAGGCCCUAACCCAUACAGACAGCUUCAACACAGUCUGCAGGCCCUAACCCAUACAGACAGCUUCAACACAGUCUGCAGGCCCUAACCCAUACACACAGGUACAGACAGCUUCAACACAGUCUACAGGCCCUAACCCAUACACACAGGUACAGACAGCUUCAACACAGUCUGCAGGCCCUAACCCAUACAGACAGCUUCAACACAGUCUGCAGGCCCUAACCCAUACACACAGGUACAGACAGCUUCAACACAGUCUGCAGGCCCUAACCCAUACAGACAGGUACAGACAGCUUCAACACAGUCUACAGGCCCUAACCCGUACAGACAGGUACAGACAGCUUCAACACAGUCUACAGGCCCUAACCCAUACAGACAGCUUCAACACAGUCUGCAGGCCCUAACCCAUACAGACAGCUUCAACACAGUCUACAGGCCCUAACCCGUACAGACAGCUUCAACACAGUCUACAGGCCCUAACCCGUACAGACAGGUACAGACAGCUUCAACACAGUCUACAGGCCCUAACCCAUACAGACAGCUUCAACACAGUCUACAGGCCCUAACCCGUACAGACAGGUACAGACAGCUUCAACACAGUCUACAGGCCCUAACCCGUACAGACAGCUUCAACACAGUCUGCAGGCCCUAACCCAUACAGACAGCUUCAACACAGUCUCCAGGCCCUACCCAUACAGACAGCUUCAACACAGUCUACAGGCCCUAACCCAUACAGACAGCUUCAACACAGUCUACAGGCCCUAACCCGUACAGACAGCUUCAACACAGUCUACAGGCCCUAACCCGUACAGACAGCUUCAACACAGUCUACAGGCCCUAACCCGUACACACAGGUACAGACAGCUUCAACACAGUCUGCAGGCCCUAACCCAUACAGACAGGUACAGACAGCUUCAACACAGUCUGCAGGCCCUAACCCAUACACACAGGUACAGACAGCUUCAACACAGUCUGCAGGCCCUAACCCGUACAGACAGCUUCAACACAGUCUGCAGGCCCUAACCCAUACACACAGGUACAGACAGCUUCAACACAGUCUGCAGGCCCUAACCCGUACAGACAGGUACAGACAGCUACAACACAGUCUGCAGGCCCUAACCCGUACAGACAGGUACAGACAGCUACAACACAGUCUACAGGCCCUAACCCAUACACACAGAUCAGACUCUGGACUCCUUUCCUCCACCUCUUCUCUCCACCUUUCCGUCAUGUGCUGUGGUUCCUCCUGUCUUCAGCAUUUCCUGUAUACUUCCUACCUCCCCUAGUCAGUCAAACCACCAUGCUCAGGAACAGUGUCAGGAAUCAACCUCUCUCUCUCUGCUCUCUCUCUGUCUCUCCCUCCCCUCUGCAUAUGGGCUAAGGGGGCGCCACUUGUUGGCUUAUCGUUGUGGAGAUGCUUGUCUUGUGUGUUUUAAGCCAAGAUCAACAGAGGUUCUGUGUCCCAAAUGGUGCCCUAUUCCCUAAUAUAGUGUUCUACUUUUAGAAAGUAGUGCACUAUAUAGGGAAUAGGGUGCCAUAGGACUCUGGUCUAAAGUAGUACACUAUAUAGGGAAUAGGGUGCCAUAGGACUCUGGUCUAAAGUAGUGCACUAUAUAGGGAAUAGGGUGCCAUAGGGCCCUGGUCUAUAGUAGUGUACUAUAUGGGGAAUAGGGUGCCAUUUGGGACACAGAUUUGGCUCUGGAGACACCUGUCCAAUCAGACGCUGUGUCUUUGGUUUAUGGUUAAGUCCUCAUUGUUCCUCCUGGCCCGCACAGCUGUCCAAUCAGACGCUGUGUCUUUGGUUUAUGGUUAAGUCCUCAUUGUUCCUCCUGGCCCUCGCAGCUGUCCAAUCAGACGCUGUGUCUUUGGUUUAUGGUUAAGUCCUCAUUGUUCCUCCUGGCCCGUGCAGCUGUCCAAUCAGACGCUGUGUCUUUGGUUUAUGGUUAAGUCCUCAUUGUUCCUCCUGGCCCCCGCAGCUGUCCAAUCAGACGCUGUGUCUUUGGUUUAUGGUUAAGUCCUCAUUGUUCCUCCUGGCCCGUGCAGCUGUCCAAUCAGACGCUGUGUCUUUGGUUUAUGGUUAAGUCCUCAUUGUUCCUCCUGGCCCCCGCAGCUGUCCAAUCAGACGCUGUGUCUUUGGUUUAUGGUUAAGUCCUCAUUGUUCCUCCUGGCCCCGCAGCUGUCCAAUCAGACGCUGUGUCUUUGGUUUAUGGUUAAGUCCUCAUUGUUCCUCCUGGCCCGCGCAGCUGUCCAAUCAGACGCUGUGUCUUUGGUUUAUGGUUAAGUCCUCAUUGUUCCUCCUGGCCCGUGCAGCUGUCCAAUCAGACGCUGUGUCUUUGGUUUAUGGUUAAGUCCUCAUUGUUCCUCCUGGCCCGUGCAGCUGUCCAAUCAGACGCUGUGUCUUUUUUAUCUGGUUAAGUCCUCAUUGUUCCUCCUGGCCCCCGCAGCUGACCAAUCAGACGCUGUGUCUUUGGUUUAUGGUUAAGUCCUCAUUGUUCCUCCUGGCCCGCGCAGCUGUCCAAUCAGACGCUGUGUCUUUGGUUUAUGGUUAAGUCCUCAUUGUUCCUCCUGGCCCGCGCUGUCCAAUCAGACGCUGUGUCUUUCUAGAUCUUUCUAUCUGAAGUUAUGAACAGGAUUGUUGUGACAGCACCCUACCAAGAAAGACCCCGCAUAAUACUACAGUAUCUGGACAGGUUGAGGUAAUACUACAGUAUCUGGACAGGUCGAGGUAAUACUACAGUAUCUGGACAGGUUGAGGUAAUACUACAGUAUCUGGACAGGUUGAGGUAAUACUACAGUAUCUGGACAGGUUGAGGUAAUACUACAGUAUCUGGACAGGUUGAGGGAAUACUACAGUAUCUGGACAGGUUGAGGUAAUACUACAGUAUCUGGACAGGUUGAGGUAAUACUACAGUAUCUGGACAGGUUGAGGUAAUACUACAGUAUCUGGACAGGUUGAGGUAAUACUACAGUAUCUGGACAGGUUGAGGUAAUACUACAGUAUCUGGACAGGUUGAGGUAAUACUACAGUAUCUGGACAGGUUGAGGUAAUACUACAGUAUCUGGACAGGUUGAGGUAAUACUACAGUAUCUGGACAGGUUGAGGGAAUACUACAGUAUCUGGACAGGUUGAGGUAAUACUACAGUAUCUGGACAGGUUGAGGUAAUACUACAGUAUCUGGACAGGUUGAGGGAAUACUACAGUAUCUGGACAGGUUGAGGUAAUACUACAGUAUCUGGACAGGUUGAGGUAAUACUACAGUAUCUGGACAGGUUGAGGUAAUACUACAGUAUCUGGACAGGUUGAGGUAAUACUACAGUAUCUGGACAGGUUGAGGUAAUACUACAGUAUCUGGACAGGUUGAGGUAAUACUACAGUAUCUGGACAGGUUGAGGUAAUACUACAGUAUCUGGACAGACAGAUAAGGAUGGGAUAACUGAAUGCAUUCAACCGAAAUGUGUGUUCCACAUUUAACGCCUCAAUCAGGGAGGUGCAGGUGGCUGCCUUAAUCGAUUUCCACGUCAUCGGCGCCCGGGGUACAGUUGUUGUUGGGGGUUAACUGCCUUGCUCAAGGGCAGAAUGGCAGAUUUUUCCACCUAGCCGGCUCUGGGAUUCAAACAGCGACCUUUCAAUUACUGGCCCAACUCUCUUAACCACUAGGCUACCUAACACUCUCUCUCUCCUCCCAACGGCCCGGUCUCUCUCUCUCUCCUCCCAACGGCCCGGUCUCUUUCUCUCUCCUCCCAACGGCCCGGUCUCGCUCUCUGCUCCUCCCAACGGCCCGGUCUCGCUCUCUGCUCCUCCCAACGGCCCGGUCUCGCUCUCUGCUCCUCCAGACGGCCCGGUCUCGCUCUCUGCUCCUCCCAACGGCCCGGUCUCGCUCUCUGCUCCUCCCAACGGCCCGGUCUCGCUCUCUUCUAACAAAACAUUAAGAGCAAGUUAAUAAUAUUGAGUUGUACCCCUUUAGCCUUCAGAACAGCCUCAUUUCGUCGGGACAUGGACUCUACAAGGUGUCCAAAGCAGUCCACAGGGAUGCUGGUCCAUGUUGACCCCAACGCUUCCCACAGUUGUGUCAAGUUGUCUGGAUGUCCUUUGGGUGGUGGACCAUUCUUGAUACACUUGAUAAACUGUUGAGUGUGGAAAAACCCAGCAGCGUUGCAGUUCUUACACAAACCGGUGCGCCUGGUACCUACAACCAUACCCUGUUCAAAGGCACUUCAAUCUUUUGUCUUGCCCAUUCACCCUCUGAAUGGCACACAUACACAAUCCAUGUCUCAAUUGUCUCAAGGCUUAAAAAUCCUUCUUCAACCUGUCUCCUCCCCUUCAUCUACACUGAUUGAAGUUGACUUAACAAGUGAGAUCAAUAAGCGAUCAUAUCUUUCACCUGGUCAGUCUGUCAUGGAAUAAAAAGCCAUUAACACGAGGCAUUACCAGUAACACGAGAUGUCCGCAUCACGCUAGAUCUAUACGCUAGCUUCUCUCUGAUACCAUUACAGUCACCCAGUCUAAUGCCAAGUCACCCAGUCUAAUGCCAAGUCACCCAGUCUAAUGCCAAGUCACCCAGUCUAAUGCCAAGUCACCCAGUCUAAUGACAAGUCACCCAGUCUAAUACCAAGUCACCCAGGUUGAGAUGCCAAGUCACCCAGUCUAAGAUGCCAAGUCACCCAGUCUUAGAUGCCAAGUCACCCAGUCUAAUGCCAAGUCACCCAGUCUAAUGUCAAGUCACCCAGGUUGAGAUGCCAAGUCACCCAGGUUGAGAUGCCAAGUCACCCAGUCUAAGAUGCCAAGUCACCCAGUCUUAGAUGCCAAGUCACCCAGUCUAAUGCCAAGUCACCCAGGUUGAGAUGCCAAGUCACCCAGUCUAAUGCCAGGUCACCCAGUCUAAUGCCAAGUCACCCAGUCUAAUGCCAAGUCACCCAGGUUGAGAUGCCAAGUCACCCAGGUUGAGAUGCCAAGUCACCCAGUCUAAUGCCAAGUCACCCAGUCUAAUGCCAAGUCACCCAGUCUAAUGCCAAGUCACCCAGUCUGAGAUGCCAAGUCACCCAGUCUGAGAUGCCAAGUCACCCAGGUUGAGAUGCCAAGUCACCCAGUCUAAUGCCAAGUCACCCAGUCUAAUGCCAAGUCACCCAGGUUGAGAUGCCAAGUCACCCAGGUUGAGAUGCCAAGUCACCCAGUCUAAUGCCAAGUCACCCAGGUUGAGAUGCCAAGUCACCCAGGUUGAGAUGCCAAGUCACCCAGGUUGAGAUGCCAAGUCACCCAGGUUGAGAUGCCAAGUCACCCAGGUUGAGAUGCCAAGUCACCCAGGUUGAGAUGCCAAGUCACCCAGGUUGAGAUGCCAAGUCACCCAGGUUGAGAUGCCAAGUCACCCAGGUUGAGAUGCCAAGUCACCCAGGUUGAGAUGCCAAGUCACCCAGGUUGAGAUGCCAAGUCACCCAGGUUGAGAUGCCAAGUCACCCAAGUUGAGAUGCCAAGUCACCCAGGUUGAGAUGCCAAGUCACCCAGGCUGAGAUGCCAAGUCACCCAGGUUGAGAUGCCAAGUCACCCAAGUUGAGAUGCCAAGUCACCCAGGUUGAGAUGCCAAGUCACCCAGGUUGCCACGACAAACAGAUAAUGCAUGUAGUUCCCUUUACGUUUCCUCUUAGUUUCUGUACAACGUCUGAACAUCUGUACACCGUUACAAUGCCAUCUGUACACCGUUACAAUGCCAUCUGUACACCGUUACAAUGCCAUCUGUACACCGUUACAAUGCCAUCUGUACACCGUUACAAUGCCAUCUGUACACCGUUACAAUGCCAUCUGUACACCGUUACAAUGCCAUCUGUACACCGUUACAUGCCAUCUGUACACCGUUACAAUGCCAUCUGUGCAACGUUACAGUGCCAUCUGUACACCGUUACAAUGCCAUCUGUACACCGUUACAAUGCCAUCUGUACACCGUUACAAUGCCAUCUGUACAACGUUACAGUGCCAUCUGUACACCAUUACAAUGCCAUCUGUACACCGUUACAGUGCCAUCUGUACACCGUUACAGUGCCAUCUGUACAACAUUACAGUGCCAUCUGUACACCGUUACAAUGCCAUCUGUACACCGUUACAGUGCCAUCUGUACACCGUUACAAUGCCAUCUGUACACCGUUACAAUGCCAUCUGUACACCGUUACAGUGCCAUCUGUACACCGUUACAAUGCCAUCUGUACACCGUUACAAUGCCAUCUGUACAACGUUACAAUGCCAUCUGUACAACGUUACAAUGCCAUCUGUACAACGUUACAAUGCCAUCUGUACACCGUUACAAUGCCAUCUGUACACCGUUACAAUGCCAUCUGUACAACGUUACAAUGCCAUCUGUACACCGUUACAAUGCCAUCUGUACACCGUUACAAUGCCAUCUGUACACCGUUACAGUGCCAUCUGUACACCGUUACAGUGCCAUCUGUACACCGUUACAAUGCCAUCUGUGCAACGUUACAGUGCCAUCUGUACAACGUUACAGUGCCUUUGGCCAUAGGUUUAUAUAACAUUACAAUGCCAUAGGUUUAUAUAACAUUACAAUGCCAUAGGUUUAUAUAACAUUACAAUGCCAUGGGCCAUAGGUUUAUAUAACAUUACAAUGCCACGGGCCAUAGGUUUAUAUAACAAUACAAUGCCAUAGGUUUAUAUAACAUUACAAUGCCAUGGGCCAUAGGUUUAUAUAACAUUACAAUGCCAUAGGUUUAUAUAACAUUACAAUGCCAUGGGCCAUAGGUUGAAAUAACAUUACAAUGCCAUAGGUUUAUAUAACAUUACAAUGCCAUGGGCCAUAGGUUUAUAUAACAAUACAAUGCCAUAGGUUUAUAUAACAUUACAAUGCCAUGGGCCAUAGGUUUAUAUAACAUUACAAUGCCAUAGGUUUAUAUAACAUUACAAUGCCAUGGGCCAUAGGUUUAUAUAACAUUACAAUGCCAUGGGCCAUAGGUUUAUAUAACAUUACAAUGCCAUGGGCCAUAGGUUUAUAUAACAUUACAAUGCCAUAGGUUUAUAUAACAUUACAAUGCCAUGGGCCAUAGGUUUAUAUAACAUUACAAUGCCAUAGGUUUAUAUAACAUUACAAUGCCAUGGGCCAUAGGUUGAAAUAACAUUACAAUGCCAUAGGUUUAUAUAACAUUACAAUGCCAUGGGCCAUAGGUUUAUAUAACAAUACAAUGCCAUAGGUUUAUAUAACAUUACAAUGCCAUGGGCCAUAGGUUUAUAUAACAUUACAAUGCCAUAGGUUUAUAUAACAUUACAAUGCCAUGGGCCAUAGGUUUAUAUAACAUUACAAUGCCAUGGGCCAUAGGUUUAUAUAACAUUACAAUGCCAUGGGCCAUAGGUUUAUAUAACAUUACAAUGCCAUAGGUUUAUAUAACAUUACAAUGCCAUGGACCAUAGGUUUAUAUAACAUUACAAUGCCAUGGGACAUAGGUUUAUAUAACAUUACAAUGACAUAGGCCAUAGGUUUAUAUAACAUUACAAUGCCAUGGGCCAUAUGUUUAUAUAACAUUACAAUGCCAUGGGCCAUAGGUUUAUAUAACAUUACAAUGCCAUGGGCCAUAGGUUUAUAUAACAUUACAAUGCAACGGGCCAUAGGUUUAUAUAACAUUACAAUGCCAUGGGCCAUAGGUUUAUAUAACAUUACAAUGCCAUAGGUUUAUAUAACAUUACAAUGCCAUGGGCCAUAGGUUUAUAUAACAUUACAAUGCCAUGGGCCAUAGGUUUAUAUAACAUUACAAUGCCAUAGGUUUAUAUAACAUUACAAUGCCAUGGGCCAUAGGUUUAUAUAACAUUACAAUGCCACGGGCCAUAGGUUUAUAUAACAUUACAAUGCCAUAGGUUUAUAUAACAUUACAAUGCCAUGGGCCAUAGGUUUAUAUGAACUCCAACAUUUGAUGUGCAGCUUUAUUUAGUGGGGGUCAUUGGGGUCGUUGGGAUCACAGUAUAUUCUGUGUUUAGUGGGG